GUGCGGGCGGCGAUGAGAGCGAAAGUUGCUCUCGGCUCGGCGCUGGGGGCUUGAAGCGGCCCCGCGCUCCGCCCGCCAGGGCCGCCCCAGCCCCAGCUCGCGCCCGCCGCGCCUGUCCGGCCCCGCGCCCGCCCGCACCCCCCGCCCCAUCCCGGCGCCCCCUCCUCAGGAGCCGGGGUGCCCGUCACUUUCGCCCGGCUCCGGCCCCCUCCGAUGCCGACCAUGGUGGAGAAGGGCCCCGAGGUGUCAGGGAAGCGGAGAGGGAGGAACAACGCGGCCAGUGCGGCCGCCUCGGCCGCCGCCGCCGCCUCGACCGCCGCCGCCUCGGCCGCCUCCGCCUCGGCCGCCUCGUCCGCCGCCGCCGUCGCCGCUGCUGCCUCCGCCUCCUCCUCAGCCGCCUCGGCCGCCGCCGCCCCCAAUAAUGGGCAGAAUAAAAGUUUGGCCGCGGCGGCGCCCAAUGGCAACAGCAGCAGCAACUCCUGGGAGGAAGGCAGCUCGGGCUCGUCCAGCGACGAGGAGCACGGUGGCGGCGGCAUGCGGGUGGGACCCCAGUACCAGGCGGCGGUGCCCGACUUCGACCCCGCUAAAUUAGCACGACGCAGUCAAGAACGAGACAAUCUUGGCAUGCUGGUCUGGUCACCUAAUCAGAAUCUAUCAGAAGCAAAACUGGACGAGUACAUCGCCAUCGCUAAAGAGAAGCACGGGUACAACAUGGAGCAGGCUCUUGGGAUGCUCUUUUGGCAUAAGCAUAAUAUUGAAAAAUCAUUGGCUGAUUUGCCCAACUUUACCCCCUUCCCAGAUGAGUGGACUGUGGAAGAUAAAGUCUUGUUUGAGCAAGCCUUUAGUUUUCACGGGAAAACUUUUCAUAGAAUCCAACAAAUGCUUCCGGAUAAGUCUAUAGCAAGUCUGGUGAAAUUUUACUACUCUUGGAAGAAGACGAGGACUAAGACCAGUGUGAUGGAUCGACAUGCUCGCAAACAGAAGCGUGAGCGGGAGGAAAGCGAGGAUGAACUAGAAGAAGCAAAUGGAAAUAAUCCAAUUGACCUUGAGAUUGAUCAAAAUAAGGAGAGCAAAAAGGAGGUGCCCCCUACUGAGACAGUUCCUCAGAUCAAGAAAGAAAAACAUAGUACUCAAGCUAAAAAUAGAGCAAAAAGGAAGCCUCCGAAAGGAAUGUUUCUUUCCCAAGAAGACGUGGAGGCCGUCUCUGCAAACGCCACUGCCGCGGCCACGGUGCUACGGCAGCUGGACAUGGACUUGGUCUCAGUCAAGCGGCAGAUUCAGAAUAUUAAACAGACAAACAGUGCUCUCAAAGAAAAACUUGAUGGUGGAAUAGAACCGUAUCGACUUCCAGAGGUCAUUCAGAAAUGUAACGCGCGCUGGACCACAGAGGAGCAGCUUCUUGCCGUACAAGCCAUCAGGAAAUAUGGCCGAGAUUUUCAGGCCAUCUCAGAUGUGAUUGGGAACAAAUCAGUGGUACAAGUGAAAAACUUUUUUGUAAAUUAUCGACGCCGCUUCAACAUAGAUGAAGUUUUACAAGAAUGGGAGGCAGAGCAUGGGAAAGAAGAGGCCAAUGGGCCCAGUAACCAGAAACCAGCCAAGUCCCCAGAUAAUUCUGUCAAAGUCCCUGAAGAGGAAGACGAGGCCGCUUCUGUUCUAGAUGUCAGAUACGCGUCUGCCUCCUGAGAGAGACUGGUAGCUUCCAGUGCUCAGUGUGGACAGCUGUGUCCCCAGGAUAUCAGGUAUUCAAGACAUCACCUGCCAUCUGCAUCACAUCUCUGUGGACAAGCAGCUAUUACCAAAAAAGGCAUAUACUUCCGGCCCUGUGCUGCAUCUGCCUUAAUGCUUUGCUCGUUCCUCCAUGUUGGCGCCGCUUCCCAGAGAGCUCCGUGCAUCUCCCCCUCUGCCUGCGAGCCGGGGAUCUCAUGGCCUGCACGCCCCUGACUCUGGGACCACCUCCCCAGCGGAGCUCCGGAGCCCCACCAAUGGCAGCUCUUCCUGUCAGCAGCUUCAGAACAGGUAGCCGACUCCGAAGGCACGACUGUUCCUGCAUGGCCUGCAGUUUCUACUUUGUGCAUAACGUCAUUUCCAGCUACUAUGACUGUUGGCCUUCUAGAAAGUUUCUCUUGUUCUUUUCUGAGGCAUCCACCUAAGUGAGAUCAUGCUCUUUUGGAAAUCACAGUAUAUUGGCAGACUGCAUUACAACCUUAUCGUGCCAAACAUCCGGAUUCAACUCCCAUUUCCCUGAAAGUAGGGUGUGAUUAUGGUUUAUAAGUCUAGUUCUCUUAACUCUCUCCCUUCUGCCUUCCCCUUUGGUAGAAAAGCUGAUUCGCAGCAGCUUUGGACAUGUAGCUUCAAAGGAAUGUGGACCUCAACACUUUCUGCCUUGAGCUCUCAGCAUCACAACCCCAGGAUGAGUGCCACCCUCUUCCCGAUUCCCCACCACUACCACCCAACUCCAAGAGAUUGGUCUACACACUGUACCUGGUGCUUGUACAUUUGGAAUUGGUGCCUUCUCCUUUUGGCAACCAUGUUCUCAAUCCUGUUCUGUUGUAGUGUCUUAUUUCUUCUUUAAUGUUUAUUGCUUGCCAAAGAUGACAUCACCGAGAUUGGAGACAGGAAAGGGGGCUGCAGAUUCUGACAGAGCAGACUUCAAAUGUCAGGUUAGCUCAACAGGGUGUUAGCAUAGCUGGCGAGGGUUAUGAAAGUACAUGUUUGUCCCCAUCCUCUUGGUGUGCCUGGCCUUCUCAUGUCACUCCACAUGCCCUUUGGUCCUUUGUGCACUGAUGUGACCACAUAAACCCCGCCCUCUCCACAGUGUAGCACAGAACAGAGAAGGGAUCAGCUUGUUGGUUCUAGUGAGCCCAAGAUGAAAGGGAACAGCCUACAAAGCGGUAUGUACUACCUUUUGGUUGGACUGGGAACAAGGGAAAAUUUCUAAUAACUGUCCCGAGACUUCCAGAAUCACUUCGAUUCUCUCAGCAGACCGUGGACCUGCCGAGGGGCUGAGGGUUAGACCGGCAAGCUGCGUCUGAUGUCAGCCGUUCCCGCCCACAGUCAGCCCAGCCUGCACUAAACAUGCUAAAGGAGCUUCUUGUUGUUUUUGCAUCAUUUAAAUAUUUUUCCUGCUUUCAAUACCAAAAAGAAAAAAAAUGUGAUGCUUUAAGGUGGCAUAAACAAUUCUUAA